AUGCCUGGCGACUUUCCGACUGGUAUGAGCAACGUAACUGCCCGACACUUUCAACGAGUAUCGAGAGAUAUUCACGAAUACAAUCAAGCGAACUACCGCGCCGACGAACUUCAAACAGCCAGUAACAUUCAGCAGUAUUAUCAUGAUGCGAAUGUACCGGUUAUGGGUUCAGCUUCGUUAACAUCGCUUCUAGAACGUAUAUUAGUCGAUAUUGGAAUUAACCUGCAGUUACUUUAA